AUGGGCAACUUUAUCAGUUGGCUCAACAAGAACCUGGCUCCCGACUCCAACCAGGGAUCAGCGCGGGAAUCGCAGCCAGAGUCAGCAUGGGGCAUGCUCGAUACUCUCAUUCCUGUAUUGGUAGUGUCGUGUGUCUAUAUUGUCAUCUUCUUAUUCCUGAGAAGAUCCCAGCGGCGCUACUAUGCGCCGCGUACAUAUCUAGGCUCUUUGCGCGAAGAUGAGCGAACACCAAGCGUACCCAGCAAUCUGCUGACCUGGAUUUCGGCCUUUUGGAAGAUCCCCGAUGCCUACGUUCUAACCCACCAGAGCCUCGACGCCUAUCUCUUCCUUCGAUAUCUGCGCAUCUGCUUCGUCGUUUGUUUCGUCAGCCUUCUUAUUACCUGGCCCAUCCUGUUCCCCGUCAAUGCCACCGGAGGCAAGGGUCUCUCCCAGCUCGAGAUCCUGUCGUACAGCAAUGUCGACAUUGAGACGCACAAGAACUACCUCUACGCCCACACCUUUGUUGGCUGGGCAGUCUAUGGCUUUCUCAUGUACAUGAUUACGCGCGAGUGCAUCUUCUACAUUAAUCUCCGCCAGGCUCACCACAUCAACCCCCACAAUGCCAAACGAAUCUCUGCCCGCACCGUGCUCUUCACUUCCGUUCCAGAGGAAUACAACACCGAGGAGCGUAUUCGUAGCAUGUUCAACAACGUCAGGAGGGUCUGGGUCUGCGGCAAGACGGAUGAGCUCGACGAGCUGGUGGAGAAGCGCGACGAUGCCGCCAUGAAGCUUGAAAAGGGCGAAAUCGGCCUCCUGACAAAGGUCAACAAGGCUCGCAUCAAGGCCACGAAGAAGGGAGAAACUCAACCCGAGGGCCCUGCCACUACCGAAGAUGGAGAUAUUGAGACAGGCGACAUUGCUUCACGCUGGAUUCAGGACAAGGACCGCCCGCAUCAUCGUCUUGGCUUCCUUGGUCUUAUUGGAAAAAAAGUCGACACCAUCCUCUGGAGCCGCACUGAGUUGCAGCGUCUGAUUCCCGAGGUCGAAAAGGCCCAGGCCGACUGGAGAGCCGGCAACAACGAGAAAGUCCGCGCUGUCUUUGUCGAAUUUGAAACUCAAGGCGACGCUCAAUACGCAUUCCAAUCCGUCACUCACCACCAGGCCCUGCACAUGGAGCCCAAGGCCAUUGGCAUCCAGCCUGCUGAGGUGGUUUGGAAGAGCUUGUCCUUCCCCUGGUGGCAGGUUAUCAUCCGCCGCUACGUCGUCUAUGCCUUUAUUGCAGCUCUCAUCAUCUUCUGGGCCAUCCCCGUCGGUAUCGUUGGUGUGAUUGCCCAGGUGAACACGCUGAAGAACAUCCCCGGCUUGACUUGGAUUGGUGAUAUCCCCAAGCCCAUUCUUGGAGUGAUUUCCGGGUUGCUCCCGGCAGUGGCUCUCUCCAUCCUCAUGUCCCUGGUCCCCGUCAUCAUGCGUCUCUGUGCCAAACAGGCCGGCGAAGUUACUCAGUCUCGCGUCGAGCUGUUCACCCAGAACUCGUACUUUUUCUUCCAGCUCAUUCAGGUGUUUUUGAUCCAGACCCUGACCAACGCAGCUUCAACGGCCCUUGUUCAAAUCGCCCAGCAGCCGGAACAAGUCUUCAACAUUCUUUCCGAGUCCCUGCCUACGGCAUCUAAUUUCUACAUUUCCUACUUCAUCGUCCAGGGUCUUACCAUUGCGACUAGUGUCGUUACGCAAGUUGUCGGCUUCUUCAUUUUUACGCUGCUGUACAAGUUUUUGGCCAAGACACCUCGAGCCAUGUACAAGAAGUGGACCAGCCUCAGCGCCAUUUCUUGGGGUAGCGUUCUCCCAGUAUAUACCAACAUUGCUGUCAUUAGCAUCACGUAUUCGGUCAUUGCCCCUUUAAUCCUGUUCUGGUCAUCUAUUGGUAUGGGCUUGUUCUAUCUUGCCUACCGAUACAAUAUCCUGUUCGUCACGGAAACUCAAAUCGACACGCAUGGCUUGAUCUACCCUCGCGCACUGAAGCAGCUGUUUGCCGGUAUCUACCUGGCCGAAAUCUGCAUGGUUGGUCUCUUUGCCGUUUCCAAAGCUGCCGGACCUGCAGUCCUUAUGGGCAUCUUCCUCGGCUUCACCAUUCUGUACCACCUCACCCUGUCGCGAACCCUUGAUCCACUUCUCUUCGGCUUGCCACGGAGUCUCCAGGCAGAGGAGGAACUUGUCCAGCUGCGCGCCGCCGGCAAUGCAACUGGUACUAGCAUUGAGGAAGGCCUGGCCUCCAACAAUGUCUCUCACGAUGCCGCUACCGACAAGGCCCAGGAGACUAAGAGAUUUCCCAUAGACGCAUCUGGAAAGCAGGGUAACUUUAUUCUCAAAUUCCUCAAGCCUUGGGUAUAUGCGGAUUACGCCACAUUGCGCGGACUGUUCCUCAAAGAAGAGCACUUGGCGGAGCCGAUGCGGUACGCCGAUGAAAUCGAGGCCGAAGCAUUCUUGCCACCAUCCGUCUCAAGCAGGACUCCCAUCCUUUGGAUCCCCUCGGACCCUGCGGGCUUGUCCAAGCAGGAGGUUGCUGCUUCAAGCAAGAUAAUCCCCAUCACGGAUGAAGGCGCAACGCUCGACGAGAAGAACCAUGUUACGUGGGAUUCCGAAGGUGCUCGACCGCCCAUCUGGGAAGAAAAGAUUUACUAUUAG